AAUGCCCUCCUCUACUCGAAUAAAACAACAAAAAAUAGAGAAUUUAUCAGAUAAACAAAAUUCUUCCCCAUCCCAAACAGAAGAAAAUUUAUCUGUUGAUGGAAGUUCUUCUUCUUCUAGUAAUGUUUUUGUAGCGUUAUAUGAUUUUCAGGGGAUUGGAGAAGAAAAAUUGGCUUUAAAAAAGGGAGAUAAGGUAAAAGUAAUUGGAUAUAAUAAAACAAAAGAAUGGUGUGAAGUUAAAUUAAUUAAUAGACAACAACAACAACAAAAUAAUUUUGCCAAAUUAGGCAGUCCAAGUCUUUCAAGUUUAGGAGGGGUUGUUGGGGGUACUGGCUGUUGUAGUUCUUCGUGUUCUUCUAUCGGAUCGUCUGUAAAUUCUGGAGGAAAUUAUGGGCAACAAAUUGGUUGGGUACCCAGUAUUUACAUUGCCCCCUCUAAUUCUAUGGACAAACACAGUUGGUAUCACGGCAAAAUAACAAGAAUUGGAGCUGAACAACUUUUAAGUUCUGGAAUUAAUGGAUCUUUUCUAGUUAGAGAAUCGGAGACUAAUCCUGGACAGUUUUCUAUUUCACUUCGGCAUGAGGGGACAGUUUACCAUUACAGAAUUAAUUGUGAUGAAAAUUUGAGGUUAUUUAUUACUGAUACAGCAAAAUUUAAAACACUUGGAGAAUUAAUUCAUCAUCAUUCGGUGGCCGCUUCUGGAUUAAUUUGCCAUCCAAGCAGCCUUUUCUCUUUAUCCCCCACACAACCUGAUGAAUGGGAAGUAGAUAGAGAACAAAUUGUAAUGAAGAAGAAGCUUGGAAUGGGACAAUACGGGGAUGUUUAUGAAGCUUUAUGGUUACCUUUUAAUCGAACUGUUGCGGUUAAAUCUUUAAAGGAAGACCAAAUGGCAUUACCAGACUUUUUAGCCGAAGCAGCAAUAUUGAAGGAAUUACAUCAUGAAAAUUUAGUUGAAUUACUUGGAGUUUGCACUAGAGAAGCUCCCUAUUUUAUUAUUUGUGAUUUUAUGUCACGCGGAAAUCUUUUAGAUUUUCUUCGGCAAAGUGAAAAGGAAGAUCUUCCUUGUGAGAAACUUUUGCAUAUGUCAACACAAGUAGCUGCUGGAAUGGCUUAUUUAGAAUCUAGAAAUUUUAUUCAUAGAGAUUUGGCUGCUAGAAAUUGCCUAAUAAAUGAUGAUUUUGUUGUCAAAGUUGCCGACUUUGGUCUUGCUAGGUUUAUGACUGAUGAUACCUAUACAGCACAUGCUGGGGCUAAAUUCCCGAUAAAAUGGACAGCGCCAGAAGGAUUGGCAUAUAACACUUUUAGUACAAAAUCUGAUGUUUGGGCAUUUGGCGUUCUUCUAUGGGAGAUUUUUAGUUAUGGAAUGGCACCUUAUCCAGGCGUUGAAUUAGGGAGUGUUAUUGGCCUUCUUGAAAAAAGUUCUUGA